UCAGCCCGCGCGGCGGACGGGGGCCGAGAAGGGACGUCCCUCCUCCCGUGCAGCGCGCGGAUGCCGCUCAUCCCGGCCGGGCCGGCGCAGCUGGUGCGCUGCGGGCAGAAGGAUGAGCUGUACCGGAGCGGGCUGCGCAGCGGGGCCGGGGCGGCGCUGCACGCGCUGGCAGGUGCCCGGACGUGGCUGGGAUGGAGGAAGGAGCUGGAGCUGCUGUCGGACGUGGCGUAUUUCAGCCUCACCACCCUGGCCGGUUAUCAAACGCUUGGUGAAGAGUAUGUUAAUAUUGUCCAAGUCGAUUCAUCCAAAAAGAGAGUCCCUUCUCUUCUUCACCGUGCCGUGUUGAUUUCUCUUCAUGCCGUUGUGCCUUAUUUGUUGGAUAAAGGAUUAGUGCAUCUGGAACACACGCUGCAGGCGGAAGCUGACAGAUGGAGGACUAGUCAGAGCAGCCCGGGGCUUGGUGCAAGGGGCAGAACCUCGGUACGAAGUUGGCUGCAGAAACGGAUCACGAGACUCACAGAAAACCAGAAGAACGUCCUCUUACAAACUGUGUAUAUCCUCAAACAGUGCAUCCCCCUGUUUCGAAGACUGCACCUGGCAAUAUUUUAUAUAAAUGGCAUUUUCUAUCACUUAUCUAAAAGGAUCACAGGAAUAACAUAUCUUCGUGUUGCAGGAUUGCCUGGAGAUGAUCAGAGUGUUCGAUCAAGUUACAAGCUUCUUGGGAUAGUUUCUCUGCUACACCUUGUACUAACAGUUGGCAUUCAGAUAUACAGUUUUCAGCAAAGGCAGAGGGCAAGGCAAGAGUGGAAGCUACACCGUAACCUCUCAUAUCAAAAAAAUCUCACAGAAGAAAAACCUCUAGGACGCUGUUCCCGCUGUACAUUAUGCUUGGAAGAACGUAGGCAUGCAACUGCCACUCCCUGUGGCCACCUGUUCUGUUGGGAAUGCAUCACAGAAUGGUGUAACACCAAAGCAGAGUGUCCAUUGUGCAGAGAGAAAUUUCCUCCUCAGAAACUAAUUUAUCUGCAGCAUUAUCGAUAAAUGGUAAGGUAGUUAUGACCUGGCAAGAGCCUCAGCUCAUGCAUCUUUAAUACAGUGAAAACAGUUGACUUGAUCCAAGAACAAGACUUUAUUGUGAUCUUGUACUAUAAAAUUUAAUUGUUCACUGCCUGUACAAGGUGGCACUUAUUUGUCUGUUGCAAAAUAAACUCAUUAUACUUCUGGA